GGUUUCACCUGUGGGUGGUCUGUGAUUGGAGAGACCUUGCGCUUUUUCUCCGCCCCCCGGCGCGUUGCCCGCCUUCCCCAAACCAGAGCUCACUCCGCUCCUCAUUACCGUCCUCUGGUCGCGGCGGAACAUGAGCUCCAAUCUGCGCGAGCGGACGUUGAACAAUACAAAUGGUUUUCUCACGGUUUCCCGUCUGAUCCUGACUGAAGCUGCUCUUGUUUAGGGACCUCCUGCCACGGUUGCCGGCUUUGAAUUUUUAUUUUUGUUCUAAUAUUUUGUUGUUGUUGUUGUUGUUGUUUUUGGACGCGCCAUGCAAUCUCGUUGGAGGAGUUGUGGCAUUCGGCCGGUGGCAUGGACGUGGACUUGGAGUCUGGCAGUUAUCGGAGCGUGGUGCAUCCCCGCAAAUGAAGUGAACCUGCUGGAUUCUCGCUCCGUGAUGGGAGACCUUGGUUGGGUGGCUUAUCCAAAGAAUGGGUGGGAAGAGAUCGGGGAAGUAGACGAAGACUAUGCCCCCAUCCACACCUACCAAGUCUGCCGAGUGAUGGAGCAGAACCAGAACAACUGGCUCCACACCAACUGGAUCCUGACUGAGGGUGCCCAGCGAGUGUACAUCGAACUCAAGUUUACGCUUAGAGACUGCAACAGCCUGCCUGGUGGGGUCGGGACCUGCAAGGAGACUUUUAACAUGUACUACUAUGAAACGGAUGGCGAUGAGGAUGACAUGGAGGAUGGCAGGAUGAGGGACGGUGUUGGCAUAACUGAAGAGGAAGACAGGGUGUUGAAGGAGAGCAGAUACAUCAAAAUUGACACCAUAGCAGCCGACGAGAGCUUUACCGAACUGGACCUGGGGGACCGCGUCAUGAAGCUCAACACUGAAGUCCGGGAUUUAGGUCCUUUGUCCCGGAAAGGUUUCUAUUUGGCCUUUCAGGAUUUGGGGGCCUGCAUUGCAUUGGUAUCUGUGCGGGUUUUCUACAAACGCUGCCCGUUCUUGGUGAAAAGCCUGGCAGAAUUUUCGGACACCAUCCCGGCAUCGGAGGCGUCGCAGUUGGUUGAGGUGGUGGGCCGCUGCGUCAAUAACUCGGUGCCCUUAUAUGAGCCGCCACGGAUGCACUGCAGCACAGAAGGCGAAUGGCUGGUGCCCAUUGGGAAGUGUGUCUGCAAACCAGGGUUUGAGGAAAACAGCGGUUCUUGUCAAGUGUGCAAAAUGGGGUUUUACCGCUCACAGCUGGAGUCUUCAGCCUGCAGUAAAUGUCCACCCCACAGUGUGGCCAGACAGAUGGGGGCCACGGCCUGUAGCUGUGAAGAUGGAUAUUAUAAGAUCGACUCUGACCCUCCUAGUAUGGCCUGCACACGCCCUCCCUCUGCACCACGGAAUGCAAUUUCCAACGUCAAUGAAACCAGUGUCUUUUUGGAGUGGUCCAUUCCAGUGGAGACAGGUGGCAGGAAGGACAUYCGCUACAACAUCCUGUGCAGACGUGUUUUACCAGACGGCAGAGGACUGGAGGAGUGUGGCCCCAACGUGCGGUUUCUGCCACGCAGGCUUGGUCUCUCRAACACCUCGGUGAUGGUGGCUGACCUCCAGUCGCACACCAACUACAGCUUCCUGUUGGAGGCCAUCAAUGGGGUGUCUGAGCUUGCCAAAGACCAUGCAAAGCAGUAUGUGACACUUAAUGUGACAACCAAUCAGGCAGCACCGUCCCCGGUAAGUGUAGUGAGAAAAGGCCACACAGGAAAGAGCAGCAUCGCCCUUUCAUGGGCAGAACCCGACCGGCCCAACGGCAUCAUCCUCGAGUACGAGAUCAAGUAUUUUGAAAAGGAGCAGGACUCCAGUUAUACCAUAAUAAAAUCAAAAGAAACAGAAAUGGUGGUGGAAGGCCUGAAACCUUCGUCAGUCUACAUCUUUCAGGUACGAGCCAGGACCUCAGCAGGCUACGGCGCAUUUAGCCGACGUUUUGAAUUCCAGACGAGCCCUUACUUAACUGCCACCAGUGAGCGUGCUCAGGCUUCCAUAAUAGCGGUGGCCAUCACGUUGGCGCUGGUUCUGCUGGCGGUUGUUGCUGGAUUCCUUCUCAGUGGACGGCGAUGUGGCUACAGCAAAGCAAAGCAGGAUCCUGAAGAGGAAAAGAUGCAUUUUCACAAUGGUCACAUAAAAUUCCCUGGUGUCCGUACUUACAUUGACCCCCUCACUUAUGAGGACCCCAACCAGGCAGUGCAUGAGUUUGCACAGGAGAUUGACGUCUCAUGCAUCUCUAUUGAAAGGAUCAUCGGUGCUGGGGAGUUUGGUGAGGUGUGCAGCGGACCCCUGAGGCUGCCCGGCAAAAGAGAGAUCCAGGUUGCCAUUAAGACCUUGAAAGCAGGCUACACAGAGCAGCAGAGGCGGGACUUCCUGUGGGAGGCAUCGAUCAUGGGCCAGUUUAACCAUCCAAACAUCAUCCGCCUGGAGGGAGUCGUCACCAAGAGCAAGCCUGUGAUGAUCAUCACUGAGUACAUGGAGAACGGCUCACUGGAUACCUUUCUAAAGAAAAACGACGGUCAGUUCACGGUUAUCCAGCUGGUUGGUAUGCUGCGGGGCAUCGCAUCUGGCAUGAGAUACCUGUCAGACAUGGGUUAUGUCCAUCGGGAUCUGGCAGCKCGUAACAUCCUUGUCAAUAGCAACCUUGUGUGCAAAGUGUCUGAUUUUGGUCUUUCCCGAGUCCUGGAAGAUGAUGCAGAGGCAGCAUACACUACACGGGGAGGGAAGAUUCCUAUUCGCUGGACAGCUCCUGAGGCGAUUGCAUACAGGAAGUUCACCUCUGCUAGCGACGUGUGGAGUUACGGGAUUGUCAUGUGGGAGGUUAUGUCAUAUGGAGAGAGGCCAUACUGGGAUAUGUCCAAUCAAGAUGUUAUAAAAGCAGUAGAGGAGAGCUACAGGUUGCCUGGCCCGAUGGACUGCCCCGAGGCCCUGUACCACCUGAUGAUGGACUGCUGGCAGCGGGAGCGCAGCAGUCGGCCUAAGUUUGAUGAAAUAGUUUGUCUACUUGACAAGUUUAUUCGCAACCCAUGUUCAUUAAAAAAGUUGGUCAAUUCCUCACACAGGGUCUCCAACCUGUUAGUGGAGCAUGCCAGUGUAGAGGGAGACUGCGGCACUCGAAGCAAGACUAUAGGAGAGUGGCUCGACUCCAUCAAGAUGGGCCGGUACACAGAGCUCUUCAUGGAGGGAGGCUACUCUUCACUCGAAACAGUUGCUCAAAUGACAUCAGAAGAUCUCCGGAGAGUAGGAGUCAACCUGGCCGGACACCAGAAAAAAAUUAUCACAAGUAUUCAGGAGAUGAGAGUCCAUAUGAACAGCACCAACUCUACCGUAAACAUCUGAUGCAUAUGUACAGGCAUGCACACAAAUCAGACAUCCAUAUGUGCACACGAGUUAAAACCGAUAUUUUGGACCUAGCAUGAAAUCAAAGAACUGUUGGACCUAGAACGGCUUAGCACUUUGUGGAGAUAAGGAAACUCUAUGUUCUAUGGAUCUACACUUGAUGAUCUGCGAAUCUGGUGAGUUUUGUGUGUGGAGCUCGUGGAGAUAAUAAGAGCUAAAACCAAACUGAAGUGGACUGAACGGUGCUAUGUGAAAAACUAAGGAAGGCAAACAAAGCUGGGUCUAUAGGAUGUUUUUCUUUUGACUUUUCCCAAUUUUCUGGAAUUUCCGGAUUCUUACGUGAUUUGCACUGUUUGGAUUCUCUCAGAUCAAACUAGAAACAAAGAUUUGGCCCCUUUUUGGCUGUAUCGCAUUGGAGUUUUCAUAAAGUGGGCUCAAAAUGGAACUUUUCUAAUCCGUCUCAGGUGAGACGAGCCCACCUGAUCGGAACAGAACUUAUCCACUAGCCAUAGCUUUGGACGUACACUACCUUUUACAAGUCACCGAGUUGAAAAGAAAAUCUCCGGCAGGGCAAAAAUGAUGGACCAAGAGCAUAAUUAUUACAAGUGUGAGUUACUGGUUUGGCCUAUUCAUCUAUUUUUGUUUUUGUUGUUUUUCUGUCUCUGGGAGGUCGUAAUGCCACAAAACUUCACCAACAGUCUUGCUGCAUAAUUCAUUUACUUUUAAAUGGGAUUCUCCAGCAUAAAACAAGUCGUGAAAGAAAUGUGUCAUGGAAUAAAGAUGAUAGACUUUAGGAUAAGGUUGAUGAAAGGCAACAAAUGAGCCGUCUUUGGUUGAUUUGGGAAUGUCCCUUUGUCUGAAUGUGAACAUUGGUAGAAUAUGGCAAUAAUCUAUCUAGUCUUUAAACCCAGCUUCUGAAUAAUGCCAGAGAUUGUAAAACAUUUAGUUGACAAGCCUGAAAGUCUUUAAAGACUUAAAAUGUCCUUUUAAAAUUCUCUAUUUAUUCGAAUCCAGAAAAUUACUCUUAACUCCAGUUGGUUUAUUUCGAAAUUGUUAGAUGCAUGUUUUAAUAAAAUAUUACAGAUUUUGCAAGCCCUUGCCGUAACUGCAUACAAAAUUUGCAUAUUUUCAACCCAUGCUGUGGAACAUUUCACACAUAAGCAAGAACCUUUGCUUAUUCUUUCAUUGUUUGCUCAGAAGUACUCAAAAUUAACAGACAAAUCUCUCCGCCAGUGAAACUUGACUGGAGUGAUUUAUCAAUCCUUUUAGGAGUUUCAUGGAAAGUUGAGAAAAUCUUCAUGGAAAUAUUGAAUAUUUUGUGUUGGCCCUGCCUGUCAUGAUCUUGUGUGACUUUUUUCCCCCCAAGGGAGCCUGAUGAAUCUAAUGGGAUCGUUUAACGGUGUUCUGGUUUGAGACCUUUUACGGGAUCCCAAAGCAGCUUUCUCUGGUCAGGAGUGCAUUCAGCGGUCUUUACCAAGCCUUCACUUAGAAACCGUAUCUUUCAGGUACCACAGAAAACCCUCGGUAAUCUGUUUAGUUCACCGCGCCGCAGAGUAUCUCUUCCACGCUUGUGUGCCACACCGCGAUAAACCUCACUCUGACAGAAAUGCUGUAAAAAAAAAAAAAUUUUAAAAUGAAGGGAAAAGAAAAAAAAUCGACAAAAAGAACGCAAUAUUGAUAAACUUGAUAAUCAUUUAUUUAUUUGUACUUGUUUAAAAAAAAAAAAGAUUUGUGUGGACAGUUUUAUUAUUGUGCUUUCUCAUGGACUACUGAGCAGCUCCCUACAUGUCUUUUCAUGUAAAUAAUGUACUAUACAUUUAAAGCAGGGAGCAUUGUUCCUUUGUUUACCGUCAUGUGGACAACUUGACAUUGAUUAUACAUCUCAGAGUAGGUCAGUGGUGACUGACGCUAUGAAGCUGCAUUUCUGCUUGAAUGUCCUGGUGGGGGCUAACGGCACAUUUAUCUCCUACCGACCGUUUUAAAAAGGAUGUGCAGAAAGAGCAGAUUUAUCCUUUUUUGUUUGUUUGUUUGUUUUGUUUUUGGUGGUUGCAUUUUAUUUAAAGUUCCAGUGAAAAGCAGAGGAAUAUAUUACAGGAACCAUAUUUUUGCUUGAACUGAUAUUCCCCCCGCCCCCUAUUUUAUGGUUUAAAAGUAAAUGAUGUCAGUAAUUAGUCAAGUCUGUGCUUUACUUAAACUUCAGUAUAGAAUAAUUUCAUUGUGAAUUAUUACUAAAUCUUGACCCCUUUGACUGCAGUGUCCACGACAAUGAGAAGUAUUCACACUAGAUCUACGUUUGCAGAUGACUUACUUCUAUAUGUCUUUGUCCAUUUAAUGUAAAGCUUUGGCAUAAAGUUGGGAAUGAAUAUGUCUUUCUGUUUAGAGAUGGUUUUACUUGACCAUAUGAAAGCACACUACAAGAAUGUACGGUUGUAAAGGGUUGUUCCACUUUUUUGAAGAGCAUGUUUAGCUUUUGAAUGCAUAAAUUCGUGCUUACAGAUCAACAGUUCAAGUGUUGAUUGUGGAAAAUGGAUGACUUCCUGCUGUAAAAGUCUCAGUUGAUUGAAUGUAAAAUGGGUUUUUUUUUUUCCACAUUUGAAGUUCUCCAAGGGUUGAUAGUGUUUCUAAGAGUUAAAAUGGUCCAAGUGAACGUUUUCUUCCAGGAAGCAUAGCAUCUGCAUAGUCUCUUUAGUCUUCUCAUUAGUUGUGUAGCUUUGGUCUUGUAGAUUCAAAGUCUUUUAAUUUUACUAUAAUUUUUCAAGCUACUAUUUUGUAACAUUUUUAAACUUUUUUUUUUUUUUUUUUUUUUUUUUUUUUUAAAAGGCAGUUAAAAAUUGUUUUAAGAGAACACAACAAAUGCAGUAAACACUUGUAGACUACUGUGGCUAUGCAGAUCUGUUUGUUAUAAUGCACCAAUAGUAUAUACAGGAGUGUUGAAUAACUUAAAUCAAAAUGUAACGUUUUCAGCUGUUGUACAACCACUUUUUUCUGGCUUAAUGUUAAAUUCCACGCGUGGUGCAUGAACAACUGGUGAAUAAUGCAGCCAUAUAAGUGCCUCGCAUCUUCAAAGCACUCUUGUUUCCUCUCCUGUCAAAAAUAUUUUGUCCUAACUGUGCCCCAACUUUGUACAAUAUUCAUUCUUUGCCAACAAUGUCUACAGGCAAUAAGAAGAAUGUCAGACAACGUGUAUGUUGGAACUAAUUUAAUUUGCACUUUAUGGGAAAUUAUUUUUUUCUUUGACUGUAAUGUCUAUAUAGGACUUAACUUUUAGUUCUUAAUUAUUUACUUUGUAAUCCAUUUCCUGAUGAUGAUAAUAUCACUUCAUACUGUCAAUCCUUCCCUGGACAUAAAAGUUGACAGCUAAGCACAAAGAGUUGGUAAUAUUUUUCAAAGAAAUUAAAGCUAUGGAACUGUUGA